AUGAGCGCUUCUGCUCCUGCAACUGAACAGCAAUUUACCAAUGACAACCCUGCUCCUGCUGCUGACAGCAAUAAUAAUCAAAUUCCUUUCAACGGCCCUGCUACCAAUGGAUCUAUCAUUGCUGGCUAUUUCGCUAACUGGAAAAUCUAUGAAAGAAAAUACAAUGUUACUGAUUUAGCUUUGCAAGCUGAGAAAUUGACGCACAUUUUGUACGCUUUCGCCAAAAUUGAAGAAAAUGGUCAGGUUGUUCUCUCUGACGCAUGGGCUGAUGUUGAACAACCUCUUCCUGCUGAUUUGGCUAUCAACGGCGUAGAUGAUGUGGCCGACCAAGGCGAAAACGUUCAUGGUAACUUUAAGCAACUCUAUUUACUCAAGCAAAAGUAUCGUCAUCUGAAGAUAUCUCUCAGUGUUGGUGGCGCUUCUUGGUCUACAAACUUUGCUGCCAUCGCUGCGGAUCCUGCCAAGCGACAAACUUUUGUUCAAAGCGCCGUCAAAUUGGUUGCCGAUGUUGGUUUAGAUGGUCUGGAUAUCGAUUGGGAAUUUCCUAACGAUGACAACGAAGCUGCUUCUUAUGUCCAGUUAUUGGCUGAAGCUCGUGCUGCUUUGGAUGCCUAUCAACAACAAUGCCAGCAAGUAGAUCAACCUCGCUUCCUGUUGAGUGUUGCUGUUCCCUGUGGUCCUGAUAAUUACAGAAAACUUCGUUUAUCUGAAAUGCAACAAUACGUCGAUAUUUUCUAUUUGAUGGCUUAUGAUUAUGCUGGUUCCUGGGAUAACGUUUGUGGCCAUCAAGCUGCUUGCUAUAACUGUCCUCUUAACACCAAUCAAGCUGUCAAUGAUUAUUUAGCAGCUGGUGUUCCCUCACAAAAAUUGGUUGUAGGUUUGCCCAUGUAUGGCCGUGGCUUUUCUAAUACAGACGGUCCUCAAUGUGCUUAUCAAGGCGUUCCUCAAGGUACCUGGGAAGCUGGUCUCUUUGAUUACAACUGUUUACCUAAGCCUGGUGCUACCGAAUAUACUGAUAUGGAAAAGUUAGCUUCCUGGUCUUAUGAUCCCAAUCUUCGUGAAUUCAUUACUUACGAUACACCUGAGGUUAUCAGCGCAAAGUGUAACUAUAUUAAGCAAAACAACUUGGGUGGCGCUAUGUUUUGGGAACUUAGCGCUGAUCGACAUCCUGAAGAUCCUCGCAACUUAGUUAACGCUGUAUAUAACGUCUUGGGUGACCAAACAGAUACUGUUUCUAACCAUCUUCAAUAUCCUUAUAGCCGUUACGAAAAUGUCAGAAGCCAAAUGGCAUAG